UUUGAUCUGCUGUAAAUCAGUAGGAACUGAUCUGUCCAUGCUGGAUAUUGAUGAUUUCAUCAUAGGAAUCUCUCAGCUGAAGAAAGAGGUGACAUCACUGAAGACAAAACUGAUGGAGAGAGACGACAGGUUACAGGAGCUGGAAAAGGUUUCCUGUCAAUCUUCAGUGUGUGUGACUGAUGGGACCUCCACAGAAUGUCAGGAUUCCGUGUGGAGCGGCAGAGAUCAGUCCACACCACAGCGACUGCUGGACAAACUCUCUGAACAGAGAUCCAGAGACACACAGGACUCACAGCUCACUUUACUCUGUUCUACUGACGGUAAUCAGGGUGAUCAAACCCCCACAGAGUCUCAGACUUCUGUCUGUAACGCUGGAGAACAGCAGAUGCUGCAGAUACCAGUGAAGAUCGAAGUGAAACAGGAGGAGAUAAAAGUAGAGGAACAACAGAGUAAUGAAGAUGAUGAUGAUCAAACCUCCACAGAGUCUCUGACUUCUGUCUGUAAUGCUGGAGUACAGCAGAUGCUGAUGACACCAGUGAAGAUCGAAGUGGAGCUGGAGGAGAUAAAAGAAGAGAACACAGUAGAGGAACAACAGGGAGACGUAGAUGAUUAUGUUUCCUCAGAUCUGAUGGAAGCGAAAGAGAACCAUCAAGAACUGAAUAAAGUGGAGGACCAACGUCAGUGUCAGAAACAUCAUGAUUUUAUAUCUGGAGAAAAAUCUUUGAGUUGCUCAAAGACUAAGAAGAAUUUAUCACCAGAAAAGCAUAAAAGAAAAGCAGCCAAAAAUACUUUCACCUGCUCACAGUGUGGAAAGAUUUUCACAAAUAAGAUCUGGUUUAAUAGACACAUGAAAAUUCAUAUUGGAGAGAAACCUUACACGUGCCAUCAAUGUGGGAAACGUUUUGCAUAUACAGUUUGUCUCAAAGGUCAUCUCCGCUGUCAUUCUGGAGUGAGACCAUUUAAAUGUGAUAAGUGUGGUAAAACAUUUGUUUUGAAUUCAAGCCUAAAAAAACAUCUGAAAACUCACACAGAUGAGAAGCCUUACAAGUGUUAUUUUUGUGGAAACCGUUUUGCACACCUGUCCUAUUUGAAAAAGCACCAGAAAAUACAUACCUGUGUGGGGGCUCAUAUGUGCUUUGAAUGUGGGAAGACCUUUACUACAGCCGGCAGCAUGAAACAGCACCAAAGAAUUCAUACUGGAGAAAAACCUUACAAGUGCUCACACUGUGAAAAGAGUUUCACUCAGUCACAAGACCUAAAAAAACAUGAGAGAAUUCAUACUGGAGAAAAACCUUACAAGUGCUCACACUGUGAAAAGAGUUUCACUCAGUCAGAAAACCUGAAAAGGCACGAGAGAAUUCAUACUGGAGAAAAACCUUACAAGUGCUCACACUGUGAAAAGAGUUUCACUCAGUCACAAGACCUGAAAAAACACAAGAGAAUUCAUACUGGUGAAAAACCUUACAAGUGCUCACUCUGUGAAAAGAGUUUCACUCUGUCACAAAACCUGAAAACACACAAGAGAAUUCAUACUGGAGAAAAACCUUACAAGUGCUCACACUGUGAAAAGAGUUUCCCUCAGUCACAAUACCUGAAAACACACGAGAGAAUUCAUACUGGAGAAAAACCUUACAAGUGCUCUCACUGUGAAAAGAGUUUCACUCAGUCAGAAAACCUGAAAAGGCACGAGAGAAUUCAUACUGGAGAAAAACCUUACAAGUGCUCACACUGUGAAAAGAGUUUCACUCAGUCACAAGACCUGAAAAAACACGAGAGAAUUCAUACUGGAGAAAAACCUUACAAGCGCUCACACUGUGAAAGAAAUUUCACUCAGUCAGAAAACCUGAAAACACAAGAGAAUUCAUACUGGAGAAAAACCUUACAAGCGCUCACACUGUGAAAGAAAUUUCACUCAGUCAGAAUACCUGAAAACGCACAAGAUAAUCCAUACUGUAGAGAAAUCAUACAACUGCUCUUCAUGUUGGAAAAGUGUGUUUAAAAAAAAAAAAAAGUUUAGUGUGUGAUGUGUUACCAGGUACCAUUUUGCCCCAGACUCUGUAUCUUGGGUGGUGGGGCGGUCAUUCACAUUGAAAGUGGACACACAAACGCUUGGGUCUUAACCAGUGUCAUGAUGGCCAGGCUGACCUUUUCGAGGGGCUGGAGUUUGGCUGGAGUGCCCUGUUUUCAGGAGUGGUGCUCGGAGUUGGGAAGAGUGGCAGCUUUUGAGGAAGGAGCAUUUAGAAGAACAGGGAGGUAUAAAGUGUUCGUGGAGAAAUGGGGUGGGCAUUUGACAUUUGUAGAUGUGUGAUUUAUUGUUGUUUUUAUUUGUUGUUGUUUUUUUGCUUGUGUUUCUCUGUCAUUUGGGACCACUGUUAUGUUG